UUCAUCCGAGCUCCGUCGCCGGCCGGAGAUGACGGUCCUUCUCAACCGUCCACUCCCUUCCUUCCCUACUUUCCAACACCGACGCAUUUUCAAUUCCAGACCGUCCGUGAAAACAAGCGUCUCUUGCUCCAACUCCAAACACUCCUUCAAGAGACUGCACAAGCGUAAUGAUAGUCCCGACUGGAGUCGGAGACGCCAUUGGUGGAUACGCCGGCGACGCCUUUCCGGUGGCGCGCGCUCUAUCCUCCGUCGUCGAUUGCCUCAUCACUCGUCCUAAUGUGCUGAAUGCAGCAAUGCUUUAUUGGCCAAUGCUGCAUGCUUUGUAUGUCGAAGGCCUAUGGGCUCUCAAGCCUGUUUACCAGAACAAGGUAGGGCUGAUUCUUGAUUGCGGAAUCGAAGAGGAGCUUCGUGUUCGUCAUUUGCAAGUAGCUGAUGCUGCCAGGGCUUCCCUUGGGUUGCCUGUGGUGGAGUAUGUUGUAACUGACACUCCUUUGCAGGUAUUGGUUUUGGCAGUUAUCUUGUUAUCAAAACUCAUCAGUUUAUAUCACAGUGUGUGUUGUCUAAGUUGCAAAGUUCUGGUGUUUGCUUUGUUUCAUUUUUCUUCUAUGCCGCCAAGCCUGUGUUUUUAUGUCAGUAUAUAGUGUCUUGAGUGUUGAUAUAGUGUGGUUCUACUUGGUUACGUGAAUUGGAGUUCUGAACUUUCCUCCUUUAUUGACU